GCCACAGCGAUGAACGGGCUCUUCAGUAUACGAUACUCCUACUGAUGGCAAUUGCCACUGUCAGUACGGGGCUGACAGUUCCCAAGCACGCAUGGGACUCGCAUAUACACAUCAUCGAGCCAGACCGAUACCCACUAGAUCCCGACAGAGAUUACACUCCCAAGCCAGCAACUCGUCAACACGCCGCCAAGUUUGAAGCCUCCCACGGUAUUGACCAUGCUGCCGUCGUGCUUCCCAGUGUGUACGCGACAAACAACACUAUCCUUCUCGAUGCCCUGCGCUCCUUCAAUGGAAGCUAUGUUGGUGUAUGCGUACUCGAUCUAAAUGAGCAGGUAGACAACAAGACGCUACAGACAUUCCACGACGCUGGCGUGCGCGGUAUUCGAGUUAACUACGGAACCACCGGGACAGACGACAAGAUCACCGCGGACGUAGUUCGAGCUGCAAGUAUUGCGCGUGUCCACGACUGGGUCCUGGAGCUCUGGCUCCCAAUCAGUGCCUACGAGGCCCUUUACUCUAUACUUCCAACCCUCGGCGUACGAGUCGUGGCGGACCAUUACGGGCAUGCCAUGGUGGGAUCGCGAACAAAUGACCCCAGAAAUACCAUUGAUCCCUUUACUAUUUCUGGUUUCCGCGAGCUCAUUGAUCUUGUCCGGAGUCGCCAUCUCUUUGUGAAGAUCUCGGCGCCUUAUCAGAACUCAAAACAGGAGCCUUUGUACAGCGACAUGCGUGUUGUUGCGGAGACUCUGAUGCUCAAUGGGCCGGAUAUGGUGGUGUUUGGCAGUGACUGGCCUCACACUGCUAGUAAGGAGGGCAAUGGGCCUGGUGGUCCGUUGGUUCCUCAGGACUAUCGCGACAUCGACGAUGAGGCUAUUCUGAACCAGACACUGCAAUGGGCAGGGAGCCAGGCACAGGUUCAGCGACUAUUCGUGGACAAUCCACGUCGGCUAUGGGGAUGGACCGAUGUCAACUCUUAAUGUAAUAAAUCUCCCGGUCUUGGUAUGAUAUGUUGUCUACAGCCAUCCCGGUAUAUC